AUGCAAGAGCUGUGCGGAUACGAAACUAUCAUUCGAGGUAAUUCACGCUUUUGCGGAAUUUUCGCGCCCGAAGAAUGGUUGUCUUUUGAGUAUUAUUUCGAUAUCAGAUACUAUUAUGAGUUGGGUUACGGAAAUAAUUUAUCACCUAGCCUCGGUAUGCCGUGGGUCGUUGCAUCGAGCGCUCUUCUCAGUCGUACAUCUGUCAACGAUCAACAUCUUUAUAUUAGCGUCGCUCAUCGACAAAUGCCACCUCUUAUCAUGACAGCGUUAGGUCUCUACAACGAUUCGGAGUAUCACAGUACAGUAAAUAUAAACUCUGUGAUCCCACUCGACAAAAUUAAUUAUCAACGAGUGUGGAAGUCAAGCGACUUCAUUCCAUUUUUGAGUCAAAUUGCAUUGGAACGACUCAAUUGUAAAUCUGCUGCGUACAAUGGAUCAUUUGUGAGAGUUCUUGUCGGUUCGGCACCGAAACCUUUACCAAGAUGUGCAAGCGGGCCGGGUGCUAGCUGUCCAUUAGAACAGUACAUGGAUUAUGUGAAGAACCGUAAUGACUUAUUUGAAGAUUUUUCAAAGGCUUGUGGAACGCAAAACAAUGAUAUCACCAGUGUGCUGAGCUUUUUUUGGAAGGAUGAUAUUUUUAAUAUCUAA